AUGCACCGCCAGUCUGCAGCGGCUCUGGUGGCGCUGGCUACCCUGGCGACGGCGCUAGUGUUCCUGCGGCAUGUUGCAUGGACGCGGCAGUCCCUCAGCAACAUUGACUUUGAGCUGGUGGUGUGCAUCCUGCUGUCGCUGCUGGUGUGGGCAGCACACCUGGGCCAUGACACGGCUGACAUGGCUGACCAGUUCUCGGAGCAGAACACCCUCGACACUGAAGCAUUCGCAAAGCUGCUGGCACUGCCAAGUGACGCUCGCACGCUGAUCGUGGCGCCCAUUGACAACCUCAUCCGCAAUGCUACUGGCAAGACGAGCAACUCCAGUGACGAGCUACAGGCAGUUGCAGAGGCAGAUUAUGAAGAGGCCAAGGACCCGUACGUGGGCAGAGUGGUCCGCACGGCCCUGGUAGACCCGGUGGGCAACCAGACGGUGGAGGACGUGUACACCCUGGACCCGAAGCUCUUUGGAAAGAUGAAGCUGGAGUACAAGCGCCUAGACGCCUUGCUCGCCACGCUCCAUCGUGUGGCUCCCGAUUUGUACACGCGGCUGCUCGGUAGCCAACCAGCGGGCGGGGCAGCGCUUGCCCAGCAGUAA